AUGGAAGUACAAUUUGCACCAAAUGCUGUUGAUGAGCCGAAUCUUUUAUAUAAAUUACAACGCAAAAUUAAAGUUUUUAACACUAAUAGCCCUUUACCAAACCGUGGCUACAAUUUAGUGGCUAGUUCUAGCAAGUAUGGUAUUGUUUUCAUUAUUGCACCAAAUAGCACAUUAUCAGCCUACUACUUGAGAGAUCUUAUAGACAAGGAAUGUGAGCCACAACAUGUGUCAAUAAAACUUCAGAUAGAACCAACACACAUUGCAGUAAAUUGUGAUCAAGAAUGGUUGGCAGUAAUUAGCAAAACAAUGCUCUUAGUGUAUAAGAUUAUAGAUUUUCAAAAUCAGAAUAUACUACCGUCAUUCUCCGUAAAGUUGGAUGUGAAUCCAUCAACUUUUGUUUCUGCCGUGCAAUGGAAUCCAUGUAUCCCAGACACAAUUGCCAUAGCAUGUUUUGAUGGUACUUUACUUGUGAGUCAAGUUAGUACCAGCCAAGUUAAGAAAUUACAAUCUAAUGUAAGAUGUAUUUGCUGGAGUCCAAAAGGCAAACAGCUAGUUACUGGCAACAACGAUGGAACACUCUGUCAAUAUAAACCAGACCUGUCGCCAAUGAAAACUGUACCAGUACCAAAUCUAUUUGAAGGAGCUGCGGUUGAAGCACUUGCAAUUUACUGGAUAUCUACUUACCAAUUUGCAGUAGUGUACAAAAAUGCUACAGAUAACAGUCGUCCAGCUGUUACAAUUGUAAAUACUCCAAAAGGUGGUCAACCAUCUUGCUACAAUUAUGAGGAUAUAUGCUAUAGCAUGGGCUCAAAUAGACCCUGGUAUUAUUAUCUACAGGGAUUAGCACAGUGGAACUUGAUUCUUGCAUCAUCAUCAAAUAGCAUGGAAAUAGCAACCCUCGGCUCUGCAGAUGGUGGUAAUUGGCUACAGUGGUGUCAGAUUGAUGAAGCAAGACCUGAACUCCCUUUGACAGAUAAAAAACAAGAAAAUUAUCCUGUAGGAAUUUGCAUUGAUACCUGUGCUAUUCAUCAGUUACCUUGGGGUGAAAAUUCGACAUUGCCUCCAAUGCCACUUCUCCAUGUUCUGUCUCAAACGGGCCUGCUGUCAAUUUUUAAUGUGAUUAACUUGAAGAAUGAAGCUACCACUCCAUGUACACCACCUCAACAAUUAACAUUACCUGCUUCUAUGAUGACAAGCAAUAUUCCUGAUGAUGUCAUACCGCAAGCUGCUGCCCCUGCAGCUCCAGCUGCUCCUGCUGCUCCUGCUGUUUCAACUCCUGUUAGCCAGACUGUACCACAACAUGCACCAUCACAAUUUAUUCCAGCACAGCCACAACUUAAGCCACAAUCAAUACCAGCCCCAACUAACCAGUUCAAUCAGCCAUUCGCUAAUUCAAACAUGCAAACAUUUGGUAUACAACAGGGACUUUUCUCUGCUCCAACAAAUUCACAAAUUGCAGAAACCAAGCAAAUUGAAGCCAAACCACAAAUUUCUGUUGUUCAAAACACUGCUACUUUGGCAACGCCUAAACCAGUUGCAAAAGUUGAAGCUCCAAAAGCCCAAUCUCCUAUACAAACCCAAGAAAUGAACGCAGCGUUAAAGAGUGAACAGGAAAGAAUGAACAAAAUGAAGGUCAAUGAGGAGUUGAAAAAUAUGCUCAUAAAAGAAGUUAACGACUUUCAAAUGGAACUGUACAAGUUUGUGUCGAAAACAAGGGACACCCAUAUUAAGUUACAACAAGAUAUAGAUUCUAUUGGCUCGGAUUUUAAUGUUCAAUCGCAAGACAUUGAAAGGUUAAAAAAAGACUACUGCAUAGAGGAGUUGCGUGAAUCCAUAGUUCAGUUGAAACUGGAACUGGUCCGCGCUUGCGCUGUUGUUGCCGAGGCACGAACACAUGCUGAAAAUAAACAUUUGCAUCAAUGGAGUCAAGCAGAUCCUUUAACAACAAAACGAGUGGCAUCUGUGAAGAAAUUAGCUUAUUAUAUACAGAACCAGCUGGAUCAAGCGCAUAAAGCACUCGACCACAAGUGGAAUGAAAUUUCGACAAGGAAUCUUAAUGAAAAACCUGGUCAGCGUAUGCUCCGUCCAAUAUUAGAUGAUAUUUACCAGCCGCUAGUAAAACAGCAGGAGAUACUGAGCCGGCAACAAGCUGUCCUCAGAACUUUGCGCAAUACACUUAAAGAGUGCAGUGAUAUUACGCCCAUGUUUAAAUCCACCUCGAUUUUGCGAAGCACUCCUUUCAGGAACAAAGCAGACCCGCUGUCGAAACUGACCAAAAAUAUUCUCAAUAUGAGUAUUGAACCAGAGAAAGAUAAGGGCAAUGAAAAAACGAUGUCAAAUCAAAAGCUUGACGCUCUGAAAGAUAUGCUAUCAAAUCACAAAACAGUCAAAAUAAAACCUGUGAAUGUCGAGUUGCGGCAACAAUUAGCGGCCAUGCGUCAAAACUACGAGCGGAGCAUGAAGGAGAAGGAAGUGGAAAAAGAAAAAGUGAGAAAUAUGCAAACAGCUGUUAAGAUUGAACCUGAAAGUCCUAAAAUAGAAGCAACUGUGAUUAGUGUUGUAAAGCCUGACGUUAUAAAAUCAGAUCCAAAAUUAGAAAAUAAGACUCAACCCGUGUUAACAGUGCCAACAUAUACUCCAGUUAGCAACAGGGUAGUAAAACCGGCAUUGCCUAAUGUAGCUAGAACACUGUUUACGGAUGAGCCAAAACCAGAACCGGUUAAGUUCCCGACAAGUCAACAGCAACAGCAACCCCUAAUGCAAGCAGCCGUCAAGCCUGAACAACCAAAAGCUACUUCUGGUAUGGUCACCGUCACGAGUACAACACGCAGUUUACUAAAAGACAUGCUACAGAACAAAUCUCAAACUAACGCUGAAACUAAAAACGAUGCCAACACAUUUAUGGGACAAAAAAUAUGUUCACCUAGCGCCUUUAAUUUCUCGAAAACUCCCACAACAAUGGCAGCACCCUCCGCCGUAUUCACAUCAAAACCAAUAGCAGAUAUUAAUAAUAUGUUUAGUAAAUUUCAAUCACAAACUUUUUCUGUCGAACCCAUAUCUCAAACGCAAUCUAUCAAUGUAAAGUCAAGUGAAACUGGUGAACUUGAAGGUGCUGGUGCAAUAGAUAAAACACUUAUUGAGAAACCUAUUACGAAUGUGUUCACAUUGAAACCAUCUAAUCCAUUACCAGCGCAAUCACAAAAUGUCCCGGAUGUUUUAAAAAGUAGCACUCAUACUCUUACACUAAAUAAAACAGAGGUUAGUAAUAAAGUAGAUGUAAAGAUAAAAGAAAAAGAAAAUGCGAAAGUUAAAGAAAACAUUCCGGAAAAAGAUAAAUUACCUAAGGAACAACAGAAACCAGCCGAUAUUGUAAAAGAUAAUGGUUCAAAACCACUUAGCUUGGUAAACAAAGCUGCCACUCCAAUCAUUUCUACUGCUCAAGGUGCCGUGCUUACACCAAAUUUAGCUCAAGCUGAAAAUAAAGGGCCUGUAGACGUUAAACCGGAAAUUACUAUCAGUAAAUCAGACCUGGAAAAACCUGCGGUUCCUGUUAUUAGUUUUGGUAGUGCUACAGUUUCAAAACCACAAACGCUAUUUGGAGCAUCCCCAACUCAAGCAACUUCAGUAAUUCAAGCAACUGUUUCAACGCCUUCCACAACCGCAAACGAAUCUACUAUAAUAAAGGAAACGGAUGUUGUUACGACAGCAUCCGCAUCAUCUAUAUUUGGAACAGCAGUGGCUUCACAGAAAGCUUUCCAAACAACUGACUCAAAACCAUCAUCUCCAACUGGAUCAAUAUUCGCUACAUCACCGACUUCAACUGCAAGUCCAUUUGCAUUAUCUAGUAUUUUCAGUUCAUCUAGUACAACUGCUUCUACCACAGGAGCUGGAACAUCAACGGCGCAAUCUAUUUUCAGCAGCGCCGUAUCAGCAACGCCUUUUACAACUACGUCAACACCAGUUUCAGCUCCUGUAGAAAAUAAAACAACCACUUCUCAACCUUCAAGCGACUCUUCAACUACUGUAGCAUUUACUACGUCAACGACUGGUUCUAUUUUUGGUUCACAAACCACCCAAACAACUGCUUUUACUACUACCUCAACUCCAACGGUUACAACGCAGAGUAUAUUCGGCACAUCUACAUCAACGUCUCAGUCUGUGUUCGCGCCAACAUCUAGUACCCAAAGCGUCUUUAAUACAGCAGCCGCUACACCUGUGUUUGGAAGUGCUGCAACUACGACACAGAGCGUCUUCGGUGCUGCUACUACUACAACGACAAGUUCGUUCUGGGGUACAUCUUCUACGCAGAAUUGGAGCUUCCAAACUACCAGCCCUCAGACAGUGUUCGGAGGCGCUUCCACACAGGCGUCUAUCUUCGGUACCCCAACUCCUUCUACCCAAGCGUCAGUUUUCGGGACACCAACACAAACAACUCAAAGUGUGUUUGGUUCUACAACGCCGACGACGCAAACUUCUGUGUUUGGAACUCCAACUACAACUCAGUCUGGGUCGUUGUUCGGUGGUGCAGAGGCUAAUUUGUUCGCAGCAGCUAGUAUAUCCACAACCAAUGCUCCGUCAUCGACAAGCGGAGGAAACAUUUUCGGAAAAAGCAGUACUGGUUCAGUCUUCGGUGGCGGUAGUACAAAUGUCUUUGGUAGUAAAGCGACUUUCGGUCAGUCAAAUCAAUCAGCUGCCGCUAUAUUCGGAGGAGCAAACUCUACAUUCAAACAGAAUAAUACUUCGACUAACUUUUGGAGUGGUGGCAGCGCUACUAGUGGAAACGCGUUUGGCUCUACAGGUUUUGGUCAACAAGCGACAACCCAAGCUUCAAUAUUCGGAGGUACUACUGGGGGCAGUUUCAGUGCACCUUCCACCGGCCAGCCUUUAGGAAAUCCACAAGCGGGCGCCUUUGGAAGCAGUGAAGCCAAGCCGUCCGUGUUUGGCUCUCCGCAACAACAAACAUCAUCUGCUUUUGGUGGUUCCGCUGUGUUUGGAUCGAAGCCAGUAUUUGGACAAACGGCGAGUUUCGGUUCUUCAAGCGGUUUUGGAUCGUUUGGUGGUUUUAACAAGAGUCCCAGUGGUGGAUUCGGUGCUCCCGCAACAUUUGGCGGAUCUCCUACAUUUGGGAGUCCCGGUUUUGGUGGUACCUCGCCCGGAAAAGUAUUUGGGGGUGCUUCGCCAACACCUAGUUUUGGAGCACCAACGCAGUCGAAUGCCACGUUUGAAAACCUAGCGACACAAAAUACCCUAACCUUUGGCAACUUGGCCCAGCAGUCUAAUAGUCCAACACAGCCGAGUUUUAACACGUCUCCUUCAUUUACUGGCUGGCGAGGCUGA